AGCUGCGUGUCGUCACGAAAAGGACACAAAAUCGAAUGUACAGUAAAUUCGUAACCCUUAUUUAAUAUUCACAAAGAGAAAGAAGUCACGUUCGUGUUCUUUUAAACACCUCGGAACUCUCUUUUCUGUUUGGAAUUUAAAAACGAAUAACACUUCGGAAAAUUCCGUUAUAAUCGUUUGCUGUCCACAACUAAAAAGAAAGAAGUAAUGAUGUUUAUUUUUCUUUUGCUGUGUUCUGCUGCAUCUGCCGCAAAAUUAGAUCAAGAAGUGGUGGAUAUGACUUUUGCAUUCGACGAAACUAUUUUUAAUUACCCUGAAGUGCAGAAGUUCGAAAAGAACGGAACUCACAAAUAUAAAGAAUGGUACCAGCUCGAAGAUUUGAUUAUUGGGACUUACAUCGAUUCUCCAUCCUUCUUCGAUGAAAAUGGCAAAACUGUGGAUCAAUUAUUAUUGGAUCAUCUGAUUGCUCCAGUAGCCAUCAUAGAUAUAACACCUUCAGUAAAACUUGAACCAGAUGUCGAAGGAAGUGUGGAAGAUCUUCUUUACUGGGAAGCACUGACGGGACAAACAUUGAACGAAACUAUUUUGCUUCUGAAAUCUGGAUGGUGGAAAAAAUGGAAGAACCAAACAACUUUCCUUGAUAUGGAGGAGAAUGUUCGAACAAACCUGCAUCACCCAGGAUUAGCUCCAGAAGCAGCAAAAUGGUUGGUAGAGAACAGAAACAUUUAUGGUAUUGGAGUUGAAACACCACAUGUGGACCGUGGUUCUUCAAAAAGUAAAGAAGCUCAGAAAAUUCUACUUAGACAUGAUGUUUUUACUGUUCAAAACGUUGCAAAUAUGGACAAAAUCCCGAUAUAUGGCGCGACAAUGCACGUGAUUCCUAUGAAAUUUGCUAAAGCAAGUCGUGCACCUGUUAGAGCAUUUGCUACUUAUCCUGUAGUUCUUUUUGAUUAUAUUCCAGCUAUUGGUACGAAUGAAAGAUUCUGAAAACUCAUACCAAUGAUUACCAAUCCAUUUUCUGGAUUUAAUUUUUUUUUAUAAUUCAUUUUUCAUUUGUCUUUGUUAUUAAUUCACAAUGUUAUUCUUAAUUAUAUAUAUCAUGUAUAAUGGAAGGUAAAAUAGCUUUAUUGAUUUUAUAUUUUACUUUUAAAAACUGUUUUCUC